CAAGACUACAAAAGCGCCGCCGACGUCCCAGAUAUGAUUUAUCCGUCCAGUUCUCUGAAUUGUUUCUCGGCCAGCAAUGACGACUAUUGCCCCCGUAUGAGGAACCAGCUCCAGAACUGGGCUGCGACCGACACCCAGUGGCAAAACCAGACCGGUGUCUAUUACGGAUUUGAUGUGAUAGCGGAUGACCCCGAUCCUGACAAGGCAACUUUGUCUUCCUUGGUAUUCUCGGCACGGCUGCCGUACUUGUACGGAGCCGAAGACUCCUUAGGUAUGCGUGUCGCUACGUGUAGCUUCAUGGCCCACUGGAUGCCCUCCACCAUGGUGGUCGAUCCAGGCAACACUGAUCUCGUUGAAACCAACAUUACCAAUCUGAGAAUCUUCGGCGAUGAAGAUGACUGGAAGAAGGAUCACCGAAAAGCCGUUGUCGGGCCUGUCAUUCGCGUUAAAUACUCUUGGUUACAAUAUCUCAGCCUUGGGGACCAUGACAGCGAAGCUAGCAACUCAACAGCUAGCAAUGACACCGCAGAGGUAUUCCACAACGUUGGCUCGCUCUUCUACGCAAUGCUGAUGACAUACACCAACGCCACUGGUGAGUGGUAUUUCUUUGGCCCCGGAAGCUCCAGGGACGACACUUUUGGCUCAAAUGGGGAUGAUACGGUGCGAGUCGUUAUGGAGAAAUUCACCGGUGCCAUUGUCACCGAUGCCAUUGCUCGGAUAGGAGCAGGGUCAUUACCGGCACUGCUGCGACCUAGUGACUCAGGCAACGGCAGCAUAUUUGCGAUUGAUCUUGCUACCCGCCAAGGUCCAAGCAGAGGCGAUUUCGAGGUCCUUCCUAAUGGCACUAGAAUUAAUUCUAACGGCCAAGUAACCGAAUUGAACAUGUCGGCAUCUAAGUAUCUCGAGCAGACGAAGAGAGAGUACGCAACGCUCGAUUUCGACGCAGAGAGAUUUGGGUAUGGAUAUGGACAACCAGGAGGUGCCAUGACUUUUGCUUUCACCGUCAUCUUCGCAUACAUUUUUAUGUUGUUCCUAUAUUGGAUUGUUGUCAUGUGUCGAAGAUCGAACACUGUUGCGGCAUGGGGUGACUUGCAGGACUUGUUGGCGUUGGCGUGGAGCUCGCCUGCGCCGGCCGACUUGAAGGGACAAGGAGCCAAGGUCGCGGACAAAGAAUUGUGGAAGGAGAGUGUUUCGGUCAGGGCCACGUCUUCGAGAAAUGUCAUGUUGGCGAUGGAGGAGCAGCAACAAGGGUUGACCAGACUCAGGAGGAACGAGGGGUAUUGGUGAAGUAGCGGAGCCACUAUUAAU